AUGCUCACAUUUGCAGCUCUGUACCUAGGUUACAAAGGGCGAAACGCCGUCCUCGAUAUACAGGAGUUGCCAGUGUACUUGGCUGGAAAGAAAGCUUCUAUCGUUGUUCAAGACUUCAACGAUGUCGACAGCGAAGCAACACUACGGGAAUUACACGACUAUCUAUUCCGAAGGUACAACUUGCUUGAUCGCGUAAUUCGAGCACGCAAACUGCAUCAUAGUCAUUUCUUUGCAGUUGAUAACGACUAUGGCCACGAAAAGUACCUGGACCGACUACAGAAUGAGCGAUACAACAUGGUUAAAGCUCUCGAGAAACUUGGCAAACGUGCUGCGGAAGUCAUGUACGAGCAGAAGCAGUGGUUUGGUUGGAUUAAACAAUGCCAGGAGAAAGAGGCAGAAGAGGCGGAAAGUGAGGGGAAGAAAGUGAAACUGGAAUCAUUACUCUUCAAACGACACCAAAAAGAGAUCGAUCGUCAUCAACGUGAAAGAAACUCCAAAGAGAACAAGAAGCGCCAAGAACAGUACCUGAAUAAGAUGUAUGCCAAAAGCCUCGCGCAGAUGUCAAAGGAAGAGCAAGAGGAAUGGGAUCCUAUCCAAGAUGUGUACGGUUAUGAAAAGGAUAAUUACAUUGAGCUCAUCAAAUUCUUUCUGAUGCUCAACGUGCAAGAGCAUGACGAGCUCCCUGUACAAGCGGAGCCAUCCCAGCUUGACGGCCCAGCGAAUUCAAAGCCUGCAGAGAAGGCGCUCUCCAAGAGCGCGAAGAAGAGAGCAAGAAAAGCUAACGCAGAGACAAAGAAGUUAGAAGAUCCAACCACACAAGACGAUGGGGGCAAGAGCUUCAUCGAAAUGGAGACUAAGGAGCAGAUGCGUGAUAGACUACGGACGCCUGUUCGGUUUGAACGCGUAGCGAGCUACUAUAUUCAUGGCAGCGAGGGCGCUGUCGAGCCCAGGACGACUCCCAUACUUCCUCACGAUGAGAUCGAGCAGCUAUUGAUCGAGAUCGGCGAAAUUAAGAAUCUCCUCUUCUGUAGGCUUCUUUUAGCAUCUAGCGCACUGCUACCCAUUGCGAUCCAGACCAACAGCAUAGAGGAAUUUUUACAAAAGGACGAUGUGACAAGAGAGCAUUUACGAGAUCUUUGUCUCAAGUUGGAGCGUCCUAGUCUUCAGGAUGUGCGAGAUGCAUGUGCAGACUUCAUACGCGAGAGGGAUGGCGCUGAUGAGCCCGAGGUACCAACAGACUUGGCUGAACACCCUUUCCAUAACGAUGUUACGGAAGAUAUCAUGUUACAAAUGCAUAACAACAGUGGCCAACGUUCUGUCCUCAUGAACCGAUACCGCACCAAACACGAAAGAGCGACAAAGAAGAAAUCACAACAGCGGCCGCCCGAGUCGGAACAAAAUGGCCUUGUAGACUUUGGUAACACUUCUGGUGAGAACACAUUCACCCAGAAGCGAGUCAAGAUCAGGGUUUGCGGUCGUGACAUGUACAACUACCGUAGCGAGCAAGCUCUCAACCGCAGCGGCUGGUUCCACUUCUCCAUCAUCGCCAAAGACUCCAACCUCGCUGAUGCCGUCGCCUUGUGUCGCAACUGGGACGAGUUCUUCGAGCUCAACAUACUGACCACAUAUCACUAUUUCCUGGCUCCAAAGUGGACAAGAUUCACUGGGGAUGCCCAUCGUCAACAACUCGCGCUUGUUGGGUUCAUACCUUACUUUCAAAUCGAUAAUGCCGAGGCUAAAACAAAAAGAUCUCAAACUGGCGGCCGUGGGAUUGCAGGACGAUCACACGAGAUCAAAGAAUCCCGCAAUAUCAUUUGUGGCUACAUCAAGCGUAACGAUGUCUUCAAUCGUCGCUUCAUUCAGUACCUGACUAUGGAGUCAGGUGAACUACGUGCUUUGAUUCGCGAUCCAGUAACUGGUUAUGUCAUAGUGCAGCCACCCGAACAGGAACUCUGGCUAAGCCGUGAGAAGACUGGGAUUGGUAGAGCUAGCAAACGCGAAUACAAUAUAACUAGCGAAGUCGGACCUGCCUUUAUCGAAAAGGUCGAAGCUAGGAGGUCAUGGCAGGUCAAUUUUGAUGAUUACUACGAUGUUUACAUUUGGGAUGCGGCACCCGGUGGAGGCGCUCACGAGCUGCAGCAGAAGAUUGAAGAGGUGUUUGCGCAUGCCCUUCAGUUUCGGACAGCCAAAGACAUGUUAACCCGGGUUCGCCACAUCUUCCAAACUGUGACAGAAGAAGAUGAUACCGGGCGUAUUCGCAGCGUUCAUCCAGGAGAGAAGGUACAGACUAUGGCUGAUGUCCUCGACAAGAAUGCGGAGAUUGCUAGCAGCCAGUCCGUUCCCGAAACACAGAAAGCAGUAGAUGACAUGGUUAAAUUGCGAUACGAGUUCACAGAGGCGGAUGAAGUAGAGGACGCUAUCCUGUUUCCGAAAGACGCGGAAAGCGAUAUACCCAACCGGUCUCCCCGUUAUAAGACCGCCAUAGAGAAAUUCCAGAUGGGAAAGCUCAGAGCCUGGAAGAUCAGUUACGAUCUCAGUACUGAUGAAGAAUCAUCGGGUUCUGAUUCUGAUUCUAAUCCUGAUUCUGAUUCUGAAUCUGAGUCUGAAUCGAACGAAAACGAAGACGAAGACGACGCCAGUAUGGAAGAGAAUGCACAAUUACAAACGGACUUGAGUCCCAGGCGCGCUCCAGGUCGAGCUUUGAAAGGAGAUUUUCAUAAACACCUGUUCGAGGCAGAUCAACAAGCACACAAGCAAAGAUCUGGUCCUUUGGUCCCACAAUAUGAGUGGGUGGCUAAGACAAAAGACCCACACUAUUUCUUACCUCUAGUACACGAUCCCGAGCAUGCACGCAUGGUAACAGCCGGAGUCGAGGUUCCUCCUGCAGAUUUCAUGUAUACGCUAAGGACUGCUCUUCGCCGUCAGCGAGUAUAUCUUAACAAGGCGUAUGAUGUUGGGGAGAUGAUUGAAAGUCAUUCCCAACGGUCAAGUGAUAGAGUCGCGAAGGAGUGUUGUCAUCUGGGGGACUUGGAACCUGGCGGUCUUAGCAGGUAUAACGAGUACCAGUCUAUGGUAGCGUCCAUGGACGAUUUCGUCAUGAGCGCUAUCAACCCGGGUCCGUUCGAGCUCUGCAAGUUUAUGGGGAUGGCACCUCUCUUCCGCAAAGAGCGUCGAAACGUUGACGAUGCUUUCCAAGCCUAUGCUGCCAUCGCCAUGUUCUAUGAAACAAAAGACUUUGUCGCUUCUGAAUAUGGCACACCAUUCAGGUCGUCCCUACUAUUUGACCAAGAAGAAAGAGCCAAGCGGAUUCCAGACCGGAGAACGCAUCACAGCAACAUGUAUAUGCCAGCGAAGCUUUGGGCCGAUCGGGACAAGCUUCUGAAAGACAACAAUCGAGGGGUUCUUGAGUUUGUAGAGGACAUUUACCCAAUGGAAUGGCGCAAAGCGAUACGUUCCGUAAUCAUUCCUUUGUUCAAAGCGGGCGUCAUUCGACUUUCGUAUCACCCGCGGGUCAGUGGUGUUGUAACAGCCGCGGCCGAACCCGGCCGCCCGCUCGACCUCUACAUUGAUUGCCGGCACCAGAACCAUUCAACGAAAAUGAUUGGGGAAAUGGUAGAUCCGACACCCUUGGACCGCGACUACAUGGUCAAGACGGCAAAGCAAUUUCGAGCUCAACACGCUUCAGCAAGGUUUUCAGCGCUGCGUAUGUGGUCUGCUCCGCACUUCUACCCAAUGAACGCCAGGGAGGGAGACAGGUUCUUGGACGACAGAGGCAGAUUCUGGGAAUGGAAGUACAUUCCCAAGGAUAUGCCAAUGAGCGAAUGGAGCAUACACAAAUCAAUGACUAUGACGCUGGGUCAUUACGAAGACAUCUGGAAAGGUCAAGUGGUAGUUGCCCGAGAUCUGUUCCUGGUGAUGGGUAAGAAUGCAGACGAUUGUCGGAGAUUAAGUGAAGGUGUCACGUGGGCCGUCCAGAAGAAGCCCAGCCGGUGCGAGAUAGACUUUUGGCGAAGCUUUGUUAAUGUGGAUGCCGACUUCUUAGAAGGAUUGCAUCCUACAUGGCUUUCGUAG